AUGCGUUAUUCGACGUCUAUCCUUGCACUGGCAACACCUCUUGCAGCUUUUGCUGCACCUGCUAGAUUCUAUGGGAAACGAACAGAUACAGAUGUAUUGGUGGUCCAAUUUGCUGAUGUUCUGGAGCAGUUUGAAUCAUCAUUCUACCAGACCGCUUUGUCAAAGUUUCAAGCCUCUGAUUUUACGGCGGCUGGUUUUGUUUCGGCGUCCGUUCCUACGGAGUUGAUUAGUGUCAUCCAGGCCGACGAGGCCACCCAUUCUUCUGUCCUUCAGUCCGUGUUAAAGUCAGCCGGACAACAACCCAUCACAUCAUGCACCUUCAAUUUUGAUGCUGUCCUUACCGAUGUUGCUACUAUGGCAGCUACCGCGCGGGUGGUGGAGAAUCUGGGGGUUGCUGCGUACCUGGGAGCGGCUCCUCUACUGUCGGAUCCCGUCCUCCUGCAAGCGGCCGGUUCAAUCCUCACUGUGGAGGCUCGGCAUCAGACUGUGCUAAACCUCCUUUCUGGUACGGGGAGUGCCAUCCCUCAAGCGUUCGAUAUCGGGUUCACACCGUCAGAGGUGCUGGCCAUUGCGUCGCCGUUCUUCAAUGCGGGAUGUGACCUGGGUGUUACCGCGAACCCUACACUCACUAUCACUAACACUGGUUCUGUUGGUCCUGGUACUCUUCUGACCUUUGAAUCUGCUGCAAUCAACGGUUCAUCCAGCAAUCUAUUCUGCCAAAUGAUGGUCGGUGGAGCAUCAUUCUCCAUCUCCCUCCCCCUCUCGGCUUGUGUCGUCCCACAAGGUAUCGACGGACCCGUUGCUCUGUGGAUCACCUCGGAUUCCCAGCCCCUGCUGAACAACGUCAGAGACCGGGCGACGUCGCAGCUCGUGGCUGGACCAACGAUGACGUUUGUGGAUACGUCGCCGCAGACGAUUGGACAGCUUGUCCGGUCAGUGUCGUCGUCGACGAAUGGGACAGUGACGAACGGAACAGUGACGGUGACGACGAGCACAAUCUCCCCAGACCAGGCUUCAUCGAUCAUCUCGAGUGCGUCCGCUGAGACGGCGACAGUAAUCGUCAUCAUCAUGACUGGCAAAAUCCCCACCGGCAAACUGGUUUAA